AUGAGUGAUCAGGAAUUCGAUCCAAGUGAUUUUGCCUUUCUUUAUUUCGCAAUAUCUAUUAUAAUUGUCGCCAUAAUACCCUUGACUUAUAGCCUUAUCAAACAACCCUUUCAAUCUAUGAAAUUAAACCCCAAAUACAAGAAAGCUCCAGCCACCGCAAAAAAGGCUAUUGAAAUUGAUAUUCAAAGGAAUUUGUUCUAUAAAAAGAAGGGUUUCUAUUGGAAAUUGUUCUUUUGGGUCUUAUUAAUGAUGAUCUUCAUAAACACGUAUUAAUAAUUACCUGAUCCAGAAUUGAUGAAGGGAUUUGAUCCUUAUGAAGUCUUGGGUGUUAAAUCAUACACACCCGUCGAUUAAAUUAAAAAAGCUUAUAGAUAAUUAGCAAGAGAGUAUCAUCCAGACAAACAUCCUGAUGAAACUCAAAAGUACUCAAAAUUAUUUGAUACCAUUACAAAAGCUUAUCAAUGUCUCACCGAUCCAAGGAAGAUAGCUAAUUGCAAAAAGUAUGGUAAUCCUGAUGGCUUUACAGGAUUCCAAAUUGGAAUUGCCUUACCCGAAUUUGCAGUAUCAAAGGAAAAUCAAGGAUUUUUGUUAGCGGGAUUAUUUUUCAUUUUUAUCUUGAUAAUCAUAAUAACAUUUUGCACAGCGUUUUCAGGAUUUGGUAAAUUUGAUGUAAAUGGAAUCUUGAUGUCAAAUAGAAAGUAUUUAGCUGAAAGAAUCACUGCAGGCAAAAACAAAACAUAUGAGGAAUGUUUAGAAACCAUUUCAAAUUGUGAAGAGAUUGAUAGUAAAGAAUUCAUCAAUACAAUUCAAUGUGAACAUGCCCCAGGAAUUCUAUAUAUGAGUGUAGAGAUAUGUUUACAGAUCCUUACUUAAUUAUGGGCACAUUAUGAGUUAAAGUAAAUCAGAGAUGUUACUGAUCAGAUUGUUGCUCAAAUUGAAUCCAUACCUAAAAUCAUUUAAGUAUUUGUUAGUUUAUAUAUGUUCUUUAGCAUAAUUCCAAUAUCAGCCAUCCAGGAAAACCACAAUUAGAUGCCAAAAUAAAAACUGCUGAGGAUACUCUUACUGAAAAUGAUUAUAGGAAUACUGAUUUGUUUGAGAUUAAAUGUCAUUUAAGUGGAUUGAUAGAUUAAUUUAUUUAAAGUCAAACAUUUCCAGUUUUGAAAUAGAAUUAAUGGAAUAUAUUGUUGUUUUAUAAUAAUAUGAUUAUUGGAUCAAGAUAAAUUAAAGAAGAUUAAGAAAGUAAGACAGUUGUCUUUCGCAUUAUUCCAGCUUAGUUUGAAUAGAAAAAUAUUACUGAAUUUGAAUUCAAAGUAGUUGCCUAUGCUGACAGUUAUCUAUUAAAAUUAGAAUAAAAGAUUAAUUUAAAGUGCUCCUUAUAUCAUGAAGAAUAAAAGAAGAAAAGCAAUAAGCAAAAAGACGAAUGA